GCCAAAUUCAAUCUCUACGGGCAGAAAAAUCAAAAUGAGAUUUCAGCACCUCUUCCACAUCAUUCUUGUUGUAUGUACAAGUCUUCUGUUGAUCAGUGGACAGAAAGCAGGUAAAAGAUGGAGAAAGAAAAUGCAAAGGCACAAGUGUUUGCAAAGAAGAUGUAUGCCUCUCCAUUCGAGAGUUCCCUUCCCUUAAGCUCUUGUGAAACACAAAUGAAGUGGCUGGAGGAACUAGAAUGUCUACGACAGCAACA